GGCUGAACUUUGCAAUCAUAAAUCUUUAAAAUCCUUUAAUAAAAGCCAAAUAUGUUUCACCACAAUUCCUGCAUUCUUUCCAAAUUCUGGGCCUUGGUUGAUCUGAAUCCAAUCUAAGAUAUUGAAGAAGUUCAAAGUGGUUUAGUUCUCACUGCCAGGACCUGUGUGUGGCUGAAGGAUCAAUGCCAUGAAGUGUGCCAUGCAUGGUGACAGCAUGAGCCUGCACACCCAAAGCAACCACCACAGCUGCCUGAUGAGACAUUCGAAACCCUCUAUCUACAGGGAGGGGCAUCUUUCAAAUUUGAUUGGGAGUUCCUGUUUUUCUCGUGCACUUUCUGAGAAACGCUGAGGUAAAAAAAGAAAAAAAACGUAAUACGAGGUGGUUGUGAAAAAGCUGGAUCCGUGUACUAUUUGCCUUGUAAGUGAAAGUCUUGCAACAUAUCCUUAAAAAUAUUGAGCCACGACACUUUACAAAACCUUUAAAGCUGUGUGCACGUGUUUUGAAACAGAAUUUCCCACACAAGUUACUACCGUCCAGCUUGAGCAAUACUAUAUUGGCAUCAAAAUCUAUUUUUGUGUAUUUUCCUAAUAGGUUUUUAAGCCAUUUCUGAGCUUUUUUUAUUUACAUUUUCCAGUUACGUCCAAAAUCUUCUGUUUUCUGAGUCUUAUUUUUGCAAACUGUCAGUGUCUCUGCUGGAGGUGCAUCUGUGCAUGUGUUGGGUUGAGUUGGGUGUGGUCCAUUUAACCUAACCCAUUGCCUACAUACCUACUUCCCUAACAAAAAUGAGCUGCAGAAACCUGUAGUCAGCAGCAGGCUUGCUGUCACACUCUCAGCAUCACCACCAGCAGCCAGAGUGUGUUUGUGUCAGCUCUGAGCACCAGUGGUCAGUGUACCAGCCUGUUUGAACACAGGAGUGCUGCACUCGUCUCUGUGCCGCUCAGUCCAGUCACCAGCGACCUCCAUCCGCUCACUUGUUGCCAUGAAUUCUCUCUCCUUCCUCACUUCCCCGUCUUCUUGCCCCCAUUUGUACAACUACCCCAAUAUCAGUGCCCCGAAUGACUCCACCGCCGCCACUGGACUCAGCUAUGUGAUUCUGCGGCAUUACAACCACACCGGCCGCCUGCAGAACCGGACCUUCUCAAGCGCCCAGAGCCACAUCAGCGUCUCCAUGGCGGUGUUCCUCUCCUUCAGCUUCCUCAUCGUCCUGGAGAACUUCCUGGUGCUGCUGGCUGUCAUCUCUCGGAUCCGCCACAGCCGCCGCUGGGUCUACGUGUGCAUUGCCAACAUCACGCUCAGUGACCUCCUCACUGGCACGGCCUACCUGGUCAACAUCUGCUUGUCCGGCAGGCAGACGUUCCACCUCACCCCGGCGCUCUGGCUCUUCAGGGAGGGCAUGCUGUUCGUGGCCCUGGCGGCCUCCAUCUUCAGCCUACUGCUGAUCGCUGUGGAGCGCUACACCACCAUGAUGAAACCACUGCCACAGAAGUCAACCAGGAACACCUACUAUCGGAUUUAUGGCCUGGUGGCGCUGUGCUGGGUGAUGGCCCUGGUGAUUGGCUUCCUGCCGCUGCUGGGCUGGAACUGCGUGUGUAACCUGGACGAAUGCUCCACGCUCCUCCCUCUCUACUCCAAAACCUACGUUCUUUUCUCUCUUGUCAUCUUUUUCCUCAUCCUCCUGGCUAUUGGUGUGCUCUAUGGCGCCAUCUACUGCCACGUGCACAAGAGUGCCCAGCUGGGUCCUCAGCGCAGCCGCAAACGCUCCUUGGCGUUGCUCAAAACUGUCAUCACCAUCGUGGGAGUGUUCAUGCUCUGCUGGGGGCCGCUCUUCCUCCUGUUAAUCGUGGAUUUCUUCUGCCUCUCCCGUCAGUGCGCCCUCCUCUUCAGUGCAGAUUUCUGCAUCUCUUUGGCCGUCCUGAACUCCGGCCUGAACCCCGUCAUCUACGCCCUGGGCAGCAGCGACAUGAGAAAGGCCAUCGCCGAGCUGCUCUGCUGCUGCUGCCUGAGGGCCGGCCUCUGCCGCCCCGACACCUUCUCGUCCAAGGAGACCAGCAGCACCUCGGAGAGCAGGAGGGACAGUCUGAGGAACAGCUUCAGCAAGGUCAGGAAUCUGAGUGUGGCCUCCCCACCUUCCACCCCCAGCAAGCCCCGGAAGACACCAAGAAAAUGCCGGCUGAGCACCACAACCAGCUGCUUGUCAGUUUCUAGUGGCUAAACCACAAAGGGUUUCUCCUCCCAAGAAGGACCUGAACAUCAUUUCUCAUUUCCUCUGAUUUUAGAUUUUAAAAAACUGAAUAAAAAAGGAUUUUAUCAAUUACAAGAUGUGACAGUUAUCCACCAUUAAGUAUUAAAAAGUAUUUUUCACUUCAUUUGUUGCACUGAAAAUCUGUUUACUUUUGCCAAGUCAGCAUGUAUUUUUAUGAAUUUUGUUGAGCAUGUACAUAAAACUAUGUGUUGUAAGAUGUUUAAAUAAUGUAUUGAACCAGGAAAUGUACAAAUAAAGUUUAUUUUCA